AGCGCCUCCCAUUCAUUGGGAGGUGCGGUGGGGCGGGCGCGCCCGCGCAGGAGGUCUAAAGCGGCAGCGGGGAGCGGGGGGUCGCGGCUGUGCUGCCUCGCCGCUUGCCCGAGCCCCCGGCUGGGCCCAAACAGGAAGAUGGAUUGUCAAAAAAUCACCAAUUUUGGAAACCAGCUUCUUCGUCGGAAAAAUGUGGACUGUUCUCGAGAAGACAGUCGCCUCUCGCGAUGCCUUAACACGUUUGACUUGGUGGCUCUGGGUGUAGGCAGCACUUUGGGGGCAGGUGUCUAUGUACUGGCCGGGGCUGUGGCACGGGAGAACGCAGGACCUGCCAUCGUCAUCUCCUUCUUGAUUGCCGCCUUGGCUUCCGUGCUGGCCGGACUCUGCUACGGGGAAUUCGGUGCUAGAGUUCCUAAGACGGGAUCAGCUUAUCUCUACAGCUACGUGACUGUGGGUGAGCUGUGGGCCUUCAUCACAGGCUGGAACCUCAUCCUCUCCUAUGUUAUUGGAUUGCAGGUGCUGGAGUUGGGACCUGAACACCCACUCACAGGAACCUCGAGUGUGGCCAGAGCCUGGAGCGCGACGUUUGAUGAAAUCAUAGGGCAGCACAUUGAAACGUUUUGUAAAAAAUACAUGACGAUGGAUGCUCCCGGAGUGCUAGCAAAGUACCCAGACAUCUUUGCUGUGGUGAUAAUCAUCAUCCUAACAGGGCUUUUAGCUUUUGGUGUGAAAGAAUCUGCCCUGGUGAACAAAGUGUUCACCUGCAUCAACGUCCUUGUCCUUGGAUUUGUCGUGAUCUCCGGCUUUGUGAAAGGAUCUGUUAAAAACUGGAACCUGACUGAACAGGACAUUUACAACAGAAGCCAUAGCCUUUUCAAAGACAAUCAAACACAGGAAGAAAAGCUCUACGGUGUUGGAGGGUUUAUGCCCUAUGGAUGGAAAGGAGUCCUCUCAGGGGCAGCCACGUGUUUUUAUGCUUUUGUGGGAUUUGACUGUAUUGCUACUACAGGUGAGGAGGUAAAAAACCCUCAGAAGGCCAUUCCUAUUGGCAUUGUGGCAUCUCUUCUCAUCUGCUUUGUGGCUUAUUUUGGCGUGUCGGCUGCCCUGACGCUCAUGAUGCCUUACUACCUGCUGGAUACCAAUAGCCCUUUACCCAAUGCCUUUAAAUACGUGGAUUGGGAUGGAGCCAAUUAUGCAGUGGCUGUCGGUUCCUUGUGUGCACUUUCUACAAGUCUCCUUGGCUCCAUGUUUCCGAUGCCUCGAAUAAUUUAUGCUAUGGCAGAAGAUGGACUUCUCUUCAAAUUUUUGGCUAAAGUCAACGAGAAGAGAAAAACUCCCUUAAUUGCAACGGUGACCUCAGGAGCUACUGCAGCUGUUAUGGCCUUUCUCUUUGACUUGAAAGAUCUUGUGGACCUCAUGUCCAUCGGGACCCUCCUGGCUUACUCCUUGGUAGCAGCUUGUGUGUUGGUACUGAGGUACCAGCCAGAGCAGCCUAAUUUGGCAUACCAGAUGGCAAGGUCGACAGAGGAGACAGAUAACAACGAGUCUGUGAGCACCAGUGAGUCUCAGGCUGGGUUUCUGCCAGAGGAAGAGGAGAAGUUUUCCCUCAAAGCCGUACUAUGUUCCACAGAGUCAGAUCCUUCCAAAUUCUCAGGUUUGGUGGUGAACAUCUCAACCUUCAUCUUAGGUUUCCUUAUUGUGAGUAUCUGUAUCCUGACUUCCCUUGAGCCAAACAUUCUGAUAAAUACUGUACAGAUUAUUGCCGCCAUCCUUGUUGUCACUAUCAUCUUCAUUAUACGGAAACAGCCUGAAAGCAAAACCAAACUCUCCUUUAAGGUACCUUUUUUGCCCUUCCUUCCUGCUGGGAGUAUUUUUGUCAAUGUUUACCUCAUGAUGCAGCUAGAUGCAGGCACGUGGAUUCGGUUUGCAAUCUGGAUGCUCCUAGGCUUUAUCAUCUACUUUACCUAUGGAAUAUGGCACAGUGUGGAAGCCAGCUAUGCAGCCUCAGCAGAAGCGGAGAGAAACACAGACACUGGCUCAGACAGCUGUAAAUGACUGUUUGGCUUACGGGCAACUGAAAGAAUGGCUGCAGUGAAAGAAACUUUGUGGUGGGGAUCCUGAACCAGAUUACACCUGUAAUCAGUUAUGCAGAAAUAAGGAAGCAGAAUGCAGGCCUACCCCACUUGGUUACUGCAGCUUGCAGUUUGUUUAGCAGCACAGUUAAAAGGGACCACAAGAUGAAAAGACACAACUCUGGCAUAUUCCCAGCAGCACUGGCAGCUCAUCUGGGCACUUCCCUCUCUCUCUCUCUCCGGUUUUGUUAUUUUUCCCCAGUGUGUAGAAAGAAAACUGCUUCUGUGUGCAACUGCUGCUAUGAAACCAGGCCUCACAAAUGUCCUUCUUUCAGUAGCCCCAGGAAUUCCUCCCAACAGAUAUUCUACUCAGUUUUACAUGGAGCAGGUUUUGCAGUGCUACUAUCAGGCGUAGACCAGGGUCCAUCCUUCACCCUAGGUGAGCUGUACCCUCUGUGUAUGCACACAUACAAAAAAAAGAGAUUCUCCCCAGUCACUAGAUUACCCCAGGUUAACAAAGCACCUGCAAGAUUUGCUUUCUUUAAAAUAUCAGGUCUUAACCUUUUUUUUAUUUAACUUGGUUUUUUAGCUAUGUGCUCACAUGCUUUAAAGCAUGUCACUGCUGUGAAAUAUUGGGAAGGUUUGUAGUUGCUGAUUGUCAGGUGAGCGAUCGCUCAGCAACACACAGCUCACACCAGCAGGUGUUUCUCCCAGCUGUACACUCCACAGAGGGAUUGCCAGCUUUAGUCAGGAAACCACAUGGUGCAAGUACUGCAAAGGCUUGAAAACAAGGGGUGUCUCCAAAGAGUAGUCCUGCCUCUUUGCCUCAGAAACCACCAGUGGUGUGGCUGUAGUGGUGGGGGUGGCCAGCUGAACUGAGCUAGCUCUGACAGCAAGUGCAGCCCUAUGUUCCUCCCCCACAUCAGUCUUCUGUGCUGGCUGCCUGGCAUUAGCAACUUUGAUUUGGCAUUGGUGGCUGGAGCACAUUCCUGCCCUGGGAGGGGAAGCACAGGAGAAUCCUCAGAGGCACAAAGUGAUGUGAACAAUGCCUGGUGUCAGCCACCUGCCCAGGGGAAGCUGUGGGGGUGUGCAGGGAUUUUUUAGUCCUGUCAGAAUGUGCAACCCAGAAAACACCAUUAAGGCUCUAGGAUCUGACUUGCUAAGGGGAGCUUUCCCUUUGGGGCUGAGAUUGUCUCCAGAGCCUGCCUGUAGUGAAAGGUGGGAAAUUUGGAGUUGAGACCAGGGUCUGUAUUUGAUUGGUAAUGCCUUGGUUUUGGCUGUAAGAUGGUUUUUUUUUUUUUGGUUUUAUUUCUCUCUAAUAGCUUUCCCUAGCCAAAUUAAUCCACUACUCUAAAAAGGCUUAUUAAGGUGAGCCAUGCCCAAGUAAUGCCACUGAUCUAAAUUAAUCCUUCAGCUUGUACUGAAAAACAAAUCAUAGAAUUGUGGAACAGUUGGGUUGGAAAGGGACCUUUGAAGAUCAUCUGGUCCAGCUUACCUGACAUCAGCAGGGACAUCUUUAAUUAAAUCAGGUUGCUAAAAGCCCUGUCCAUCCUGCUCUCAGACACUUCUGGGUUGGAGUAUCUCAGAUAGAUACUGCAGAAAUCCCCUUUCCCAAUGUGAGUGGAUGCUUUCCUAGGUGUCCUUCAUACUACUGCCUCUGAACACUGGAAAAUCUUAUUUGGUUUGUCAGCAUGGCUCUUGCUGAUGAAGCGACAGGCUUUUGCACCUGUCAUUGAGUUGGAGAACUGAACAGACCCCUGCAUGACUUGCCCAGGAUCUCACCAGGCAUCUGAUGCAGCAGAAAAGGGAAUCAGACGAUCUCCUGGAUUUCAUGGCUGGAUUGUGGACCAUUUCUCAUGUUUCCAAGACACUUUAUAGCCUUUCUGCCCAUUGAAGUGUUUUCAUCUUUUAAUUCUAGUACAUUGGGAGGCUUUUCUUGACAGGAUUGCAAUUUGAGGAAGUGAAGGCAAUGUGUUCAUUGCCUCCUAGGUGGACUUCAGGGUGUGUUAUGAGUGCAGCUUCCCCUACAGAAUGAAGUUGGGGGUCUGCUUCAGUCACUGGGUCUUGACCAUCUGCCAAGGCUUUGCUCCUUGUGCAUAUACAAAGUCUUACUCAAGCAGGGAGAGAUUAAUAUAGAAAUUAAAAGCCGCUAAGUCCAAGUCUGUUUUGUUUAAACAUAGGCAAGCUCAACACACUCCACAGCCUUCCAAAAGGCACUGAAAAUGUGGUGGGAGGGCAACAAGAUGAAAUCUCAGACAGGAACAAAGUUUUGUAUUGUACUAAAAAUAUAAGGAUGAUUUUCCUA